ACACUAAUAUAAUAAAAUAUUAUUACGAGUUACAAAAAAUUUCAUUUAACUUUUGUGCGUAUCGUUUGAAACAAUUCUUCGAAACAAUAGUCAUAACCUUGUAUAAAUAUGCAUGCGUUACAUAAGCUCGUGUCGAUAGAAAGAAGCUUAUCGCUUCCGUGUACGAUAAAUGUUGCAAAGAACUUCGUCACGAUGACCAGUUAAACCGCGUUUGCUUGUUAAUGUUAUUUUCCAUACAAUAGAAGGUAAUAAUAUACGUCGGCUGUAUAUUAAAAUCGGGAUUAUUCGAGAGAAUUGGAUAAAAUAGCUAUCAAGAAAAUUAUCAAACUAAGGUAUUUAUAUAAAGUUGUAUUUAUAAAGAGAUAUCUAAAACUCCGACGGUACUAAACGGAUUAUAAAGUCGAUUCUCUUCAUGUGCAGAAUGCUUAUGAUAUUCAUCUCACUCAACGUUACAUAUUUCCUAACAGUGUCACGAAAAUAGGCAGAACGAUGUAAAAUCCGCAAUAUAAUGUGCGCUUUUACGAGACUCUGAAAGCAGCGAUAUAUUGUUACUAUAAUUACUGUCAUUGGACAGUUAUCAGAAAUCUUUCUCUACCUUAAUGAAAGUAAAGAUUAUACCUAAAAUUGCAGUAAUAAACUUAUCUUUUAAGAGAACGACGAGUUGAGCUCUUAAAUUAAUUUCUUUCUUUUUAAUUAAUGUUGUUUGAAUCACGAAUCCCAAAAUUACAAUGUUGUCAUUUGACUUACAUUUUAAUAUUUGAGUAUAUCUUGUAAUCGUCCAUUUGUAUUAUUUUCAUAAUGAAAAGUUUAGCAUCAUUGAUUCCCCUCUUUGUGACGGUUCAACAAAUUCCACAGAUCGUGCCAAACAGACAAAGAGAAACUCGCCAAGUACCGAAAUUACAUUUGCAGUAUUCGGUCGGCCUCGAUUCUUUAACCAACGAUCUUGAUUAGCCGUGUUUGUAUCUGAUCUCGAAAAACUUUAUUGGAAUUCAUUGAAAAAUCUAUCGAAAAGAAAUUGAAUUACGCUGUAUAAUAUAAUAUUUCUAGUAAAGUAAUAGAUUUAUUCGGCGAAAUGAAACAAUUACUUACUUUCAUGAUACAAAGGAUAGAGAAAAAUGAGUUAAAUGAGCGGCGGAUAUUAAAAUUCAUCGAUCUUGUGCCGAUCGCAAAGAAAUGGAAAUAACGAAUUUAGAACGACGUCGUUCGUCGGAUCCUGAGAAGAUUUAUUAUCUAUGUGAGACGGGCAGGUUAUCGGGACUGCGACGGGCGAUCUCACAAGUGUCUAUGAUGGUUGUCAAAGCGACGACUUCCGGCGAAGCGGCCUGGCGCGAAGAAUUGCUCAAAUAUCGCCAAACCAAAUUUAGCUCCAGAAGAGUCCGCAAAAGAGUUGUUUUUAAACACGGCGACUGUAACAUUGUUCAGGGAAAUGUCGCCAAACGACGUCGGCGGUAUCUUCAGGACAUUUUCACAACAUUGGUUGAUGCGCAAUGGCGAUGGACGCUCUUGGUGUUCUCCAUGAACUUUCUAUUAUCUUGGCUAGGGUUUGCACUUAUAUGGUGGUUGAUCGCGUAUAGUCAUGGCGAUCUUGAGCCCCAGAAUUAUAAUAAUGAGACUUUCACCCCCUGCGUCGUGGAUAUACGCAACUUUGCGAGCUGCUUCCUGUUCUCCGUCGAAACGCAGCACACAAUUGGAUAUGGGGCGAAACAUAUAACGGACGAAUGUCCGGAGGCAAUUUUCACCCUGUGUAUUCAAUCGAUGACUGGAGUGAUCCUGCAAGCGUUCAUGGUUGGCAUCGUCUUCGCCAAACUGUCACGUCCUAAAAAGCGCACGCAGACCCUGCUCUUUUCGCGUAAUGCUAUCAUCUGCCAACGAGACGAUCAGCCCUGCCUAAUGUUUCGCGUUGGCGAUAUGCGCAAGAGUCACAUCAUCGAGGCUCACGUUCGUGCUCAGAUGAUCAGGAGAAAGGUUACUAAGGAAGGUGAAUUACUGCCGUUUUUCCAGACGGAACUAAAAGUGGGAGGUGACGGAGAGGAGGAUAAGAUUUUCUUCAUCUGGCCGACCACAAUUGUUCAUAAAAUCGACCGGUACUCACCGCUGUACAAAGUAUCGGCUAGCGAUAUGUUGCGCGAGCGAUUCGAAAUUGUCGUAAUACUGGAAGGAGUGAUCGAAUCCACUGGUAUGACGACACAGGCGAGAAGCUCGUAUUUGCCAUCGGAGAUUUUAUGGGGUCACCGAUUUCAGCCAAUCAUUACUUUCCGCAAGGAGACUGGCGAGUACGAGGUCAAUUAUACUCUUUUCAACAAUACUUACGAAGUAGACACCCCACUUUGUUCCGCUGCUGAUCUCGAUCGCAUUCGGGCGAUGCAUCGCAUAAAAACCGAACGUCUUAGCUCAAAUACGUUCCCGGAAUAUCAUGAAACAUACAGUAGCAGUUCUUUAACGAUGACCUCUGAGUCGAGUCUGAGAGCUUCAACUGGCGAGUUACAUAUGCAAAUGCCAGCGACGAUGUCGACAACCCCUCUCAAUCCAAUACCAGUGAUCAUCACCAAGUCAGAUGAUUCGCGCGGACAAGAGAGCAUCAAUAUGCAUCCUGACGUAUCACUGUCUUCCUCUUCCGCGCAAAAUGAGGUAACAAAGCAGGAAUAUGAUAUUAAAACUUCAAAAAAUCCAGAGGAUUACGAUCGUGCUUUGGAGAAUAUUAACAUAUCUUUAGAUAAGAAAAACAGGAAUGGGGAGGAAGAUAGAAAUGGAUUAAAGACGAAGUUGCACUUGAAAAGAAACGAAGAAGUGAGAUCGAGAUCCAAAUCUGUAGUAGAGGAAGCUCAAGAUAGCGACUUAAAGAGGUCAUUCUCCAGAAGUAAUGCGGAUAUUAGACAAAGAAAUAUUGCGAAUUCUUCAGAAUAUCCUAUUAUGCCUAGAAAGUCCAGUGUGUCUAGUGACGACCACAAGAUCGAGGAGGUUUCCAAGAAGACAAAUUUUAUUACGAACGAGGAAGCAUUAAUCAUUGAUCCUAAUAAUUCUCAAAAUAUAUCCUUAACUGAGCAAACAUAGAUUGUUUAAUGUGGGCUUUAUGCAUGUACGAUGAUUAAGGCGUGCGUACUACCACCGCCUGCGCGCUGUAAAGAGAUAAACGCUAUGGCGAGAUCUCAUGUGACCCGAGAGAGCGAACGAACAUGGGUGAAUUUAAAACAGUCGUAAGCGUGACACGCAUACGUGCGCUCGUUGUGAACUGGAAAAGCGCGGAAAAGCUACAAUUACCUUUAAAGGAACCCCAAAGGUCCAGAACCUACGAAGAUCGAGCGAUGCUGAAUAAUCGACAUUUCAUCUCUAAGAUCAAAUCGGAAUCAUUGCAUUUCAAUUAGCAACCAAAAAAAA